GAAAGGCCCUUAGGAAUAUCAUGUCAAUUAUCCAUAUGUAACUUGGCAUGGUGCAUGCUCUAAUUGUCAUAAAUACCCAAAGAAUAAAACUGUUCCACGGAUCUCCAAUCAAUCGUACCACAAACAUGAAGUUGAUAAUCUACUGCUGUUGCGUCAUAUAUUUUCAGGUAGUCGAUGCUUUGCGUUCUUGAUUUGAGUUCAUGAAUAAUCAUAAUUUAAAAUUUUUUCAAGGGGCAGCGACAUUUUAAAUCGGCGGCCAUGAACGGUAGCCGAGACUUGGAACCGUAAAAUGGAGUAUUAUCGGACUAUAGCAGUCAASAGGGGUAUUAUAGGAGACUUUAAAACUGUGACAUGCAGCCAGAAACAGGAUAAAAAUUGACCCCAAACAGCAAAAUGAAAGAAUGACUCUACGAAGAUCAGUUGUUUGGUUUACAGAAACCAAAGAAGUUGUCCACACACAAAAAMCACCAACAGGGGGUAUCAUACGCCUUGCAAAAAAGGUUCUUCAAGGAGAUUCGCURACAAUGUUUGUUCUCGGAGGGUCAAACUCAGCUGGUGCAGGAAUAACAGCCCCUWAUCUCACUUACUUCGACAAACUGACAGAACUUUGGAACAAAAAUAUAUAUCAAUGGACUGGAGCCAAACUGAUUACAAAAAAAGCAGCAAUUGGUGGCUGUGGGAGCGAUUUCUAUUCCAUGUGUUUUCGCAACUUUUUACCACAAACMUUUCCCGACAUCGUGUUGAUUGAAGAGGCCGUCAAUGACAACGGCGAUCAAUACGGUAAAGCAGCUCAGCCAAUGGAGAUUCUAACUCGUUCACUUCUUUUACUACCAUCUCAUCCGUUAGUAAUGUACGUUAACCUCGUCAAUCCUUACAUCGUAAAUGGUGACAUUGGGAAUGCUGAUUGUGAUAACAUGCAAAAUCUGGGCUUUGAUGAGUUAGCAAAGCACUACGUGAUACCAUCUUUUAGUAUGAAAGAUUUUGCGUGUCGCAAAACUGGUUAUAAUAAGCACCGAAUCAGCAAUGCAAACCUUGAUAUGUAUUCCAAAGAUGGUUUACACGCAGGACCUAAAGCUCAUGCAAAGCUCGCUGCAUUAAUGAUAGAUUAUUUUGAGAAAUCUCUUUCCGAUGCUAAUUCAAUAAGCACCAUUCUAACUGAACAGCCGUUUUCUCUGAAUACACCGAUCUUUAGCAAUCCGGCAAUUAAAGAUGAACAACUAAUUGAUGCAAAGUGUUGGACAACACUCACUCCUGACUGGAGUGCUUCUAUAGAGGACACSCAAACACUGACAGCACACGUGACUAUGUCACGUGGUUUCCGGUUUGUGUCUCCUCGAGAAUCACAAACCGAGGCAAAAAUAAGACAUCGUUUUAAGUGGCAUAGAGAUGCCCCAAAAGCUGGAUGGGAGUCUAAGCUAACAAAUGAGACAAAUAUUAUCAAUAUAAGCUUUUCAUUUCGUAGUCCUAUAGCGUCAGGCUCCAAGAAUCGGUCGAUAAUCGCAAUUAUGAGAAUGUCAAAUUUACCUGGUGUAUUUCAACUGUCGAUUAACGACGCACAAAAAUCUUGCAUUAARGUAGAACACCAAGAAACUAAACGUUCCUGGAAAGGAACGCGUUUAUAUCCAUUAGCAGAAAACAUUACUCCUGGAAAUUACACACUAUCAUUAGAAUCACGUGACGCCGAUGUUAUGAUAGCUGGGAUUGCAGUUGGCUAUCAGGGUUAUCGUWUCUACGAAGGCUAUCAUAUAAUAAAUGAGACAACAACAAAUUGUUAGAUAAAGCUACAAAACUAUUGUGA